AUGGCUGCAGGGGUCCUGAGGAACUUCCUGGUCCAGCCUGCCGGCUUCCGUCCCCUGCCUUUCCAUCACUCGCUCCCCAUCCAGGAUGAGAAGAAGAAAUCGGAUGAAGAUGAGCAGGAGGAGGACGACGUGACGUCGGAGGCUGCUGAAGACGACGACGACGUCAUGGAAGAGGUUUUCCUCAGUCCAACCCCAGUCGCUGUGGACAUGACGAAACAGCUGCUGCGAUUCGCUGACCUCAUCAGUCGAGACGUCCAGCGGUAUUUCGGUCAGCCCUCCGGAGAAGCGGAUUCUUGCCAGAUCUACAGUGAGCAAGCGUCCGUAACGACAAGCGGCCGCUUGCGUUACUACGACGACCUGCUCAAACUCACCAAGGCAGGAAGCCCCCUGGAGGACGGUGGCGGCGACGCCGGACUCAAGUCUGCCGACUCAAGUUUGGGGCCACUGGCCGAACUGUUUGACAAAAAGGGGCCGACCCCGAGGCCACCCAUGAGCAGGAGACACUUGCCACUCAGCUUCUGGACAGAACCUUCGCCCGGCUGCCUCCUGGACCGUCACGCGGCUCCAGAGGCAGGCGACUGCGGCACGCACCUGCCGUACAGUCCGCCCUCGUACCACAACACACACACGCUGGACUCGUCUCAGCCAGACUUCAGUGACCUGCUGGCCAACUGGGAUCCACACCCCGAACUCUGCCACUCCCCGACCGACAACACGCACUUAAUGCAUUAA